ACAUCAAANGGCGUCGACAUAUCAGAGGUGCCUCUCAAUGAACUGCGAUCUCGUAUAUCAAUCAUACCUCAGGACCCGAUCCUAUUCCGCGGUUCAAUCAGAAAAAAUUUGGAUCCGUUUAACGAAUUCAAGACACAGACUAUAAUGGAGGCCUUGGAUUGCGUUAAUUUGAAACAAAAAGUCAAUCAUCUGAAGAAUGGGAUCAAUAAUUCAGUGAAUGAAAGCGGCGCUAGUUUUUCAGCCGGUGAACGACAACUGCUUUGUAUGUCCAGAGCUCUGCUCAGGAGAAGCAAAAUCAUGGUUUUGGACGAAGCGAUGGCUCACGUGGACGGAGAGACACAGAAUAUCAUUCACAACACCGUCAGGAAUGCCUUCAAAGACUGCACUGUCAUUACAAUCGCACACCGAUUGGCAACCGUUCGGGACUGCGACCGAGUUAUGGUUAUGAGCGAUGGAAAGAUUGUGGAGUUUGAUAAGCCAUCGGUUUUGGCCGCAAAUCCGGACUCAUUUUUCUAUCAAAUGAUUGCAAUUAAUCAAAAUUAACUCCAAAUAAUUAUUAACAGAGAUAUUCUCUCAAAAUGCUUUAAUUUAAG